AUGUCCAAGUUCGGCGUCUUGGUGAUGGGCCCGGCGGGCGCCGGGAAAACCACCUUCUGCAAUGCCAUGAUCCAGCACCUUCAAAAUUCUCGCCGAAGUUGUUUCUACGUGAACCUCGACCCCGCCGCGGAAACCUUCAGCUACGAACCUGAUCUGGACAUCCGCGAACUGAUCACGCUAGAAGAUGUCAUGGAAGAGAUGGGCCUCGGCCCCAACGGCGGUCUCAUCUACUGUUUCGAGUUUCUACUGCAGAAUUUGGACUUUCUAUCGGACGCGCUCGAUCCGCUGAGCGAAGAGUAUUUGAUCAUCUUUGACAUGCCCGGCCAGAUCGAGCUCUAUACGCACGUUCCGCUAUUGCCGUCGCUGGUGCAGUUCCUGUCGCGCGCGGGGCCGCUGAACGUCAACAUGUGCGCGGCCUACCUUCUCGAGAGCACGUUCGUGGUGGAUAAGGCCAAGUUCUUUGCCGGCACGCUGAGUGCCAUGUCCGCCAUGCUGAUGCUCGAGAUGCCCCACGUGAACAUCCUGACGAAGAUGGACCAGGUUCGCGACAUGGUCAGUCGCAAGGAAUUGCGGCGCUUCACCAACGUCGACGUACAGCUUUUGCAGGACGAUAACGACGAUAGCCCGGGAGCGGCGGCCGAUCCGAUGGCCAAGGACGCGCUGAUGAGUGGUGGCUCGUUCAAUCAGCUCAAUCGCGCGGUCGCACAGCUCAUCGAUGAUUUCAGCAUGGUCUCAUUUCUACAGCUGGACGUGCAGGAGGAAGACAGUGUCGCGGCCGUCUUGAGUCAUAUCGACGAUGCGAUUCAGUACCACGACGCCCAGGAGCCGCGCGAGCCCCAGGACGCGCAAGACGUGGACUAUGAGGAUGCGGACAUGUGA